AUGAACAUGUCAGCUGCCAAUGUGACAGUUGUUUUACAGUAUCGAGACUCCUUCACUAAAGCUGUGACCAAGAAUGUGAUUGUUGUGGUUAUCGGGAUCUCUAUCAACUUCAUUAAUGCCAACCUCAUUCACACAUUCCGCAAACACCAGAUAUUCUACAUGAAUCCCCGCUAUGUCCUUUUUAUUCACCUGGUGGUCAACGACAUGAUCCAAAUGACGCUGACUGUCAUCCUGUUUGUCGUCAGCUAUACCCUCUACAAAUUAAAUGUCUCCGUCUGCUGCAUCUUCAUCCUGAUUGCUCCUCUGAACCUGGCCUGCAUGGCGGUGGAGUGCUACAUCGCCAUCUGCCUCCCCCUUCGCCACAUGCAGAUCUGUACUGUGAAGAGAACUUUAAUGCUGAUUGGUUUAAUCUGGAUGACCAGCAUGUUUUCUGUUCUCCCUGAUCUCUUCAUUACUUUAGCCACAGAGCCGCUGGACUUCUUUAAUUCCCGAGUGUUCUGUCUUAGACAAACUGCCUUCCCACAUCCUCUUAUUGUUCAGAAGAGGGAUAUCACAUAUGCAGUGUUUCUAGUCAUAGUCUGGUUUACCAUAUUUUACACUUACUUCAAGAUCUUGUUUACUGUAAAGACAGCCAGCAAAGAUGCAAAGAAAGCCAGGAAAACUAUCAUGCUCCAUGGGUUUCAGCUACUUCUGUCUAUGUCUUCAUAUGCAUCCCCUCAGUUGAAAGAAGCUUUGCUGCGAUGGUUUCCUAAGAAUUAUGCAGACUCCCUCUUUGCUAUCUACAUUACAGUUCAGAUCCUGCCACGAUCAAUUAGUCCAAUCAUUUAUGGCAUUCGAGACAAUACUUUCAGGAAGUACCUCAAAAAAUAUCUGUUGUGUAGGUCAGCCAACGGUAAGCAACCAUUCUUGGACUACAAUUGA